AUGGCGGCGCAAAGGGCAGCAGUCAAGACUACCUACGAAGUCAAUCGCACUCUGCAGCCCAUCUAUUCGGGUGGGAGUCUAGCUCUUAGUGAAGAUGGCCGCAUACUGGCCGCGUCUCUGGGAGAAGACGUGCUGCUCACAGAUCUUUCCAAUGGCAAGGAGCUGGGCAGGGUACAAAGCGAUGGCGAGGCAAUCACAGCUUUGGCUCUAACGCCUUCUGCCUCCCACCUGAUCAUUUGCUCGCGAUCGCUUUCCAUGCGCAUAUUAUCGCUUCUCCCUUCCGACACCGACGAUGAGAUGCUCCAGCUUGAGCUCCUCCGAACAUUGCGACCGCACACUUCGCCCGUGGUUACGUUGGCGGUAGACCGGACAGGCACGCUCGUAGCAACUGGCGGCGCAGAUGGCGUUGUCAAGGUGUGGGACAUUCGCGACGGCUACACGACACACAAUUUCCACGGACAUGGUGGGGUUGUGUCAGCUCUACAUUUCUUCCAGGUUGAGGUUGCGGACAGGGACGAUGCAUCAGAGAACAACAAGAAAUGGAAACGCACCAAAUCACAGCCAGAAGAAGAUGAGGAAGCUCAGCAAGAUGGCAGGCUCGAGUUCCGACUGGCGUCUGGCGCCGAGGAUGGCAAGAUCCGCAUCUGGAACCUGCACAACAAGAAGAAGCCCGUCGCUGCAGUCUUGGAUUCGCAUGUCUCCGUCGUGCGAUCGUUACAAUAUUCGCCCGAGGAGAAUGUUCUGGUUUCAGGAAGCAGGGACAAGACGUUGAUACUAUGGGAUUCGCAGAAAUGGAAAGCACAGCGGACUCUUGCGGCUCUAGAAGGAAUCGAGAGCGCAGGCUUCGUUGCAGCCGGGAAGAUCAUAUUUUCCGGCGGAGAGAAUGGCCGAGUACGACUCUGGUCUGCAUCGACUGGCCAGGAACUCACCCAGGAGCAAGAGCCAGGAAUCGAGACUGAUGAAAUCGUCAACAUCCUGCACCAUGCCUCGCUACCAUAUCUGGUUUCCGUACACGCCGAUCAGGUCCUCAAUUUCCACGCCCUCAAGUCAGUGGAAGCCUUAGUUGACGAGACUAUCGAACCGCUCUCCAUCUUCCGACGCGUGUCUGGCACGCACGACGAAGUCAUCGACAUGGCUUAUGUCGGACUAGACAAGUCUCUUUUGGCUCUGAAUACCAACUCAGAAGACAUUCGGAUAGUUACACUGAAUGAGUCCGACCCCACAGACGGAGCCACCCAGGGCAGAUAUUUUGGCGCAGAUGUAGGGUUGCUGAAAGGCCACGAAGAUAUCGUCAUCUGUCUAGACGUGGACUGGUCAGGGCACUGGCUCGUAACAGGUGCUAAAGAUAACACAGCACGACUCUGGCGACUGGACCCUGCGAACGAUUCUUUUACAUGCGCUGCUGUUCUUACCGGACACGCAGAGUCGUUGGGAGCAAUCGCCCUGCCACACACCAUACCCCAAGAAUCUUCAGCAGCAUACACCGAUCCAUUAUCGCACCCACCAGCAUUCAUCGUGACGGGUUCCCAAGAUCGGACUGUAAAGCGAUGGGACGUCACAAAAGAAGUGAAGCAGAAGUUGCGCGCAAAGUACACCCGGAAAGCCCACGACAAGGACAUCAAUGCCAUCGAUAUCGAUCCUUCCAGCAGCUUAUUCGCUUCAGCAUCGCAAGACCGCACGGUCAAAAUUUACUCAGCCACCGAAGGAGAAGCUAUCGGAGUAUUGAGAGGUCAUCGCCGUGGCGUGUGGACCGUCAAAUUUGCGCCUAAAAGCUCGCAAGCCCCUAAUUCCGGCAGCAAGGGUUUGAUCGCAACGGGUAGCGGAGACAAGACAGUCAAGAUCUGGAGUUUAGCAGACUACAGCUGCCUGCUCACCCUCGAAGGCCAUUCCAACAGCGUCUUGAAGCUCGCAUGGCUGCCCUACCGUCCAGUCGACGCCCGCGACAAGCGUGGGGCACAAAUUGCUUCCGCAGCCGGUGAUGGACUCGUCAAGGUAUGGGAUUCAGUGUCCGGUGAAACGAUGUCGACACUCGACAACCAUACUGAUCGUGUUUGGGCCCUAAUUGCACAUCCUGCGACAGGCACCCUGGUAUCUGGUGGUGGCGACAGUGUCAUUACCUUCUGGGAAGACACAACCACAGCGACGCUCGAGGCCGCCACAACCGCCGAAACAGAGCGUGUGGAGCUAGAUCAGAAGCUGCAAAACUACGCAUAUGCUGGGAACUACCGCGAGGCCAUCACACUGGCCCUGCAGAUGGACCAACCCGGCCGCUUGUUCUCACUGUUCAAGAGCGUGGUUGAGACGGAGAAACCAGACGAGGGGAGCAUGUCCGGCCUCGAUGCCGUCGACGACGUCCUAGGAAACUUGGCAGAUGAGCAGCUCUAUAAACUUCUUUUGCGUCUGCGAGACUGGAACACAAACGUCCGAACCGCUACUGUGGCUCAGAAGAUUCUCUGGACCGUCGUCAAGUCUUAUCCUGCAUCGAGGCUCGCAAGUCUGAGACCUGCGGGCAAGGUCGGGGCAAAGGGCAGUCUCAAGGAUGUGCUCGAUGCCAUUAAAGCGUACUCGGAGAGGCAUUACAAGAGAGUGGAGGAGCUGGUGGAUGAAAGUUAUCUUUUGGAUUUUACACUUCGGGAAAUGGACGAAGUGGGAGGCGAGAUG